AUGUCAGAAGCUUCAAAGAAGGCGUGUAGCUGUAAUUUAAAGGACAGCAAUGCUGGCCCACCACAGCUGGCUGUUGGUCUUCCAUCCAUAAAAGAUGUUACAACAACAAUGAAACAGCCAGAUCUACCCGCUGAUGUUCUACUGUUAACCGUUAAGGACUGUGAGUUCUUAUCCUGUUACAAUGAGCUAAAAGAUCCUUACAGAUAUUAUUACAAGGAUGUUGGUUUCGUUUACUUCAACAACGUUCAAAGUCAUGAAGAGAAAGUAAAAGUUGCUCUGCUAAGAUGUAAUAAAGGUUCUGUUGGCCCAAGCAGCUCUCUGAUUGCUGUCAAGAAUGCCGCCCCUAUUUUACAACCCAAGGCCGUGAUAUCUGUUGGGGUAUGCAGUGGUCUCAAUCCUGACAAAACUAAGUUAGGGGACGUUGUUGUAUCAGCCAAACUAACAACAUAUGCAUCCAAAGUGGUGACAAGCGACCAAGAGCAGUCAGCUGGGAUGAGUAGUCAUGUGAGUAGGCUUUUCUCAAAAAUAAUCUCGAACUGCGCUGAUGGAUGGCAGGCACCUUUAAAAAACCCAGAAGAUCGUCAGGUCAACGUUCACUGCAAUGGCGAGUUCCUAAGUGGCCCAGAGCAGAUCAGAGCUCAAUGGCGCCGAAAGGAACUUGUCGACCGUCACCCCCUCGUGGCAGGAGUAGAGAUGGAAGGAGAAGGUGAGUGCAUGUCACAUUAGCUGUGAACAAUAGCGUUCUUAUACAUGCAGCUAUUUCAAUUUACGUUGUCGUAUAAAGGCUUAAAGCCUACGUCGCAAGGACGCAAGGUUAUGUGGGUAGCUGUAGAUCCUUCAAGAGGUCAUAAAGGUGCGGUUAACAGUACCAUAGAAUGCUUUAAAACGUCACAAACGUUUAACUUCACGGCUGGGAUUGGUAAAUAUUUAUGAAAUACACUAGAGUCCAGUUUCGAAUUCGAUAUGAGCGCUGAAUAAAGAAGUGAAGACGCAUUUUUUACAGGGUUAGCCUGCACUAAAAGUAAAUGUAUUCACAAAUUCCGCUGUUUUUUACUCUGUUUAUUGUGUUUUCUCAGAUUUCAAACACUUACUUGCCGAAAUUUGUGAAUAUUUUACUUUAUGUCGAGGCUAACGCUGUAUGAAUGUGUCAUUAAUGUUUGUAUUCAGCGGUAAUUUUUAAUUCGAAAAAGGACUAUUAGCCGUACUACUUUGCAGUCUCAGCAGGUAAGUUUUUCGACAUCCGUUUUGGGAUACAUGUAUUACUAAAAGUGUUUGAAAGAGUGUUUGCAAACGCCAGUUUUUUUGUAACGAAAGAACGAAGGGAGGACACGCGCGCACGACGGGAGAAAAGGUGAGGAGGCCUCCUCUCCCCUUCGCGUGUUUUGCUUGCGCUCUCUAAAAAGCGGACCAAAAAAAACUAUCUGGCGCCUGCCACGCAGGCUAUUGAAAGAGCGACGAAAAGAUUUAUUUUGAAUACUUACGUGGUAAUUACUUUAAGUCUUAAGGUAUUAGGUGUUUACACACUUGACUGCAAUAACUGGUGCACUCUUGGCGUCAUUUUCGCGCAAUAAUUAUAGAGUAAAAUUAAAUAAGAAGCAUACAUGUCAUCGCUAAAAUAAAUAGGAACAUAUGUCUGUGGUAUUAAAAUCUGAUCUGGGAUCGUCUGAAUACGUAGGACACAAACAGCUUUCGAUGAAGAUGCAGAACUUUACAGCUGCAAACUUAACUUAACGGAACGCCAACGGAAUGUGAAAUGAACUUUUUCACUUAUACAAUAAAGUAAUUGAAUGAAACGUGUUCAUUGUAAGAAAAUUGCUGUCAGCAAAUCAAAAGAAACGGCGUGAAAAUCAUAAUCUGUCGUACUUAGCUGUCGUUGAGGUCUGGCAUACCUUGAUGGUGUUUUCUUGUCUCUGGUCAGUUAACGUCCAGUUUGUAAUUAGAAAGACAUUUUUGUGAAAGUUUAUCUGUCAAAAAUUAUUGGAAAGUAAAGAAUUACACAUGCGUCUAUGCGCAAGGCAAUUAAUUUUUUAGUUUCUUUAAUCCACAAAACUUGAUUUCCUUAAAAGAACACUUCCUAAUUGUAUUCCUUAUUUCAGGUGUUUUCACGGCUGCAUUUGAUUCUCAACUCGAGUGGCUCAUUGUUAAAGGGAUAGCUGAUUUUGCGGAUGGUGAGCAAGCGAAUGCAGAGAGAUGGGAAGUCUGUGCUAGUGUGAUGGCAGCAUCUCUUGUCUCACACAUUUUAAGUGAUCCUAGUGUUUUUCGCACUUGGCCUCAUCACUCAGGUAUAUUAUAAAUUCUUGUCAGUUUGGUGUGUGAUGAUUAGGCGCAGAAGUUACAGGCCGAAUUUGGUGUCGUUUCUGGUCAAAAAUUCAGAUUACACAUUCUUUCCAUAGCUAUAAAUUGCGUAUCGACUGAGAGUGAGACACAAAACGCUAAUGUUGUUUUUGCCUGAUUCUUUCAGUGGAUGGUCUCUUUGAGGCUCAGCACGAUAGUGCUAGGAAGCGGAAGCUAACUGAGAACCAUGCAGGUAAUAUAUAAACAUUCAAUUUUUAAAAUGUUCUUCUUUAUUCAAAGCUGACGUACUAUACCUAUUCCACUCUUUGCUUCACUUCGGUUUCAAUGAGUCGCCCCACCAAUGCAAUGCGGGAAGUCUUGUGGAAUCCGGAAUUUUGGGCUUUGGAAUCUGGAAUUCAACUCUUGGAAUCCGGAUCUCAGCCCAGAAAUCCGGAAUUCCGCAGCAAUUAAAAUCCGUAAUCCAAGUUCAACUGACAAGGAAUCCAGAAUCCAGUAUAUGGAGUCCAGAAUCCACAGCGUGGAAUCCAGAAUCGAAGACUUUCUUGGAUUACCUUAUAUGGGGCGAAAUGAGCAAAACAUUCAUCAUGAGACGCGUACAGCUCCGCACAUGCCCCUGACAGAGUUGACGAAGUCAGUUUAUUCUUUUGUACCGAAUCACAGUCUGUUAAGGAAAAUGUGUUAGUAAAUCCACCCAACUCAAAGUCAAAGAUGCUGUUGUCGGCCUACAGCUAUUUUGAUUAACGUUGCAGUAAGAAAGUCUUUGCGAUGAGAUCGCAAAUCAAUAUGGGUAAUUCCAUAUAAAAAUUACCAAAUUCUGAAGAAGGUAACCGUUUGUGCCGUUUCAUAACAUUCUGUGGCACUGUCAGCCGCGAAUGUAUGACCAAAUUGAAACGAAUUCACAUGCAGCUACUCUCAUGACCUUGCAGUCUUGUGGAGUACUCAUGAGACCUUGAAGUACGACGAGGUUAACUGAAAUAGAUCAUAACAUGAUGCGGCCCGCAUCUCAAUCAACGAUCUUCUUCAACAGGUGCUUUGUGCGAUGACCAGAUCUCAAGGCAAACCAAAAGGGGAAUGUAUUCUGGCCACUUGUUUCAGCAAAACGAAUCCAUAACCCGGCAGCAUCUAGCAGGUAUGUUUUUCUAACAAUGCGCUCAAAUUGUGACACUUUAUAAGUCUAUAGUCAGUUUGUGGUUCGCAUUAUAUUAGUACAGCUUUUGAAGCGACCAACAGCAAUACCCCUAAACUGUUCCAAAUUGUGAGGUAUGGUAAAGUUUUCUGCUUUAAUAAAGCUUCCUUUUCUUAGAGGAAACUACAAACGCAAAACAGCUUUGAUUUGCGUUUUUUAUGAGUACAUUCACUCAUCAAACAGAGACUGAAAACGGAGAUUGAUACUGGAGAGAGUGACUAAUUUGCGUGUGGGGCUCGCGUGCGACACACGUCGUCCACGGCGCUCUAGGCCAAAAAAAAAAUGAGCCGACCACAAGCCAUUUCAACAUAAAAAAAAUGGACCUUCCCACGUAUUUUAACAGUUUUGAUUCGGAUCAUUAGGCUGGAGAGAAGACCUUAAAAUCACUUCUUAAGUUGCUAAGUUAAAGAGUGAAUUGGUGAAAACUAACCAAGGUAUAGCUCCGAAAAUACGCGAAGUUUUACAGACGUUCCUAUGGAAGAGAGCAAGUUCAUUACCCCCCCCUCCCCAUAACAUACAAAAGUCUGUAAAAUUUCCGGGCUUUGUCACGUUUCAAGAAUAUCUUCGCUCGCUCUGAACUUUAAACUAGGUAAGUUUUAAACAAGGUAAGUUUUAAGGCGCUAUCCAGUAGUCUGGUGUCGAUGGAUAACUGUUACUUAAAAUCGUGGAAGGGUCUGUUAAGUGCAAAUUACAUAAUUAAAAGACGCAAAGACAAACCUAUGUUGGGUUUUUGUAAAUAUUUCUUCACAUAAUUCAUGCUUCUUCUUAAUUAGGAUUGAGAAUCAUUAUAGGUAUCCCAAAAAGGUCGGCUAUAUCGAUGUUUAACUCGUUCGUUUUGCAAGGUUACAAAAGCAUAAAAGCGUAUCGUAGACGAUAUACAGAGCUUGAACAGCUUGUAUGACAGUAUAAUAAAACCAAAUCGAUCUUAUUUGUAUUUCCUAGUGGUGCCAAGUAUCACAGAAAGGAUUCGUCAGCUUUACAAACGUCGUGAAGGACGGCUGGUACCAUUUCCAUGGUGUGAUGAUCUUAAUUUCAACCUGAAUGAGAUUUUCACCCGACUGAAGAUCGUGAACAAAGAAAAAACACGAGGAACAUUGACGGAUGAUGAAAUCACCAACAUGACUGCUAUCUUUAGACCUCACCCUGAUUGCCCGAAACCACGGAUUCUUUUGAUCGAAGGAGAACCUGGCAUGGGAAAAACCACCUACUCACAAAAACUGGCGUAUGACUGGGCAAAUAAACAGGAUGAAUGGGACACGUCUUUUCCAUCAAUUGAAGUGCUGCUCUUGCUUAGAUGCAACGAUGUUAAAUCUGGCAUCUGGGAAGCUAUUGACGACCAACUUCUUCCUGAUGAUAUUGACGAACAGGCUAAGGAGAAUUUUUUCAAAUACAUCCAAGAAAAUCAGGCCAAAUGUUUGCUACUGCUUGAUGCAUUAGAUGAGGCAGAUUCCUUUAAACUGGACAUGUACUACUCGCUCGUUCAGAGUAAACUCCUCCCAGGCUGUCACAUUGUCAUUACAUCUCGACAUGAGGUCGGAAAGAAAGUAAGGCCAUACUGUGACACCCUGUGGGAGAUUGUAGGAUUUACUAAAGAGGAUGCGGAAAGUUUUAUCCGAAAGUAUUUUAAAGGCAAGGAACACUUGGCUAAGGAGCUGAUUAAACGAAUCUUACGUUCAAACUAUUCUUUUUUGACUACUGGUCAUCCACUUGAAACGCUAGGCGAGUUAACAAAGAAUCCACUCAAUACAGCUCUACUCUGCUGUCUUUUCGAGGACUUCGAAGGUGUUCUUCCAACAAGCAGGACUGAGUUGUACGUUGAAAUCGUUGUCUUUGUGUUGAGAAGAUAUGAAGAAAAAAACAGACUUAAAAGCAGCAAUAAAGACUUGAUUUCAGGUUAUAUGGAAGAACUGUUGCUUUUGGGCAGCUUCGCGUUAGAAUCCCUCCUCGAAGGAGAGUCGUACUUUGUAAAGGACGAAGAUACCGUCAAACUUAUCAAUUUUGGAUUCUUGUCUUUUCAACAAGGUGGCACCAAGCGCAAACCUUGCACGCGCUGUGCAUUUUUACACAAAAGCUUUCAGGAGUUUUUUGCUGGCUUUUUCCUUGCGUUUCAGGUUAUCAGCAAAGAAAGAGACUUUACCUCAGUUGUAGAUGAUAAGAGAUACUUGGAUAAACUGAGACAGGUCCUUUUGUUCAUGAGUGGCAUCAUAGCCUCACGGAGUGAGGAAACUGCAAUGUCGUUCUUUAUUGUUAUUGCUAAAAAAAUCAGCUCUGCCCAAGACAGUAAAUCAUAUAUGAGUUUAGCUUGUGAGAGUUUGUUGAAAUGUUCAAGUGUCCAGGACAGCCUUGAAACUCGCCUAGUUUCUAGUUUAGGUAAGCACUUUGACAUGUCGUCCCUGACUAAGGUGAAUUUUGGCGAAACAGGGAUACACGAUGCUGGUGCUGCUGCGAUCUCUAUGGCCCUCACAGUAAACUCCUCCGUGACUAGUUUGGUUUUAAUUUCUAACAGUAUUGGUAGCGCCGGUGCUUCUUCUCUUUCUCAAGCCCUCACAGCAAACUCCUCCCUGACUAGUUUGAAUUUAGGUGGUAACAGUAUUGGCGACGCCGGUGCUUCCUCUCUUUCUCAAGCCCUCACAGCAAACUCCUCCCUGACUAGUUUGGAUUUAGUUUUAAACAGUAUUGGCGACGCCGGUGCUUCUUCUCUUUCUCAAGCCCUCACAGCAAACUCCUCCCUGACUAGUUUGGAUUUAGGUGGUAACAGUAUUGGCGACGCCGGUGUUUCUUCUCUUUCUCAAGCCCUCACAGCAAACUCCUCUCUGACCAGUUUGGAUUUAGGUGGUAACAGUAUUGGCGACGCCGGUGUUUCUUCUCUUUCUCAAGCCCUCACAGCAAACUCCUCCCUGACUAGUUUGAAUUUAGGUGGUAACAGUAUUAUUGGCCAGGACCAGUUUGAUUUUAGGAAAUAACAGUAUUGGCGACGCCGGUGUUUCUUCUCUUUUUCAAGCCCUCACAGCAAACUCCUCCCUGACUAGUUUGAAUUUAGGUGGUAACAGUAUUAUUGGCCAGGCCGGUGCUUCUUCUCUUUCUCAAGCCCUCACAGCAAACUCCUCUCUGACCAGUUUGAUUUUAGGAAAUAACAGUAUUGGCGACGCCGGUGCUUCUUCUCUUUUUCAAGCCCUCACAGCAAACUCCUCCCUGUGUAGUUUGGAUUUAAAUUUAAACAGUAUUGGCGACGCCGGUGCUUUUUCUCUUUCUCAAGCCCUCACAGCAAACUCCUCCCUGACUAGUUUGGAUUUAGGUUUAAACAAUAUUGGCGACGCCGGUGCUUUUUCUCUUUCUCAAGCCCUCACAGCAAACUCCUCCCUGACUAGUUUGGAUUUAGGUUUGAACAGUAUUAGCGACGCCGGUGCUUUUUCUCUUUCUCAAGCCCUCACAGCAAACUCCUCCCUGACUGGUUUGGAUUUACGUUAG